AUGGCGUCCGGAGACCCUCACUACAAGACAUUUGAUGGCGCCAUGAUUCACUUCAUGGGGACCUGCCACUACGUGUUGGCGCGCUCCCAGCCCGGCAGUGGGGGAGACAACUGCGACUUCGAGGUGACCGUGAAGAACGAGCGGAGGAACGGCAAGACGAGGGUGUCCUACACCAAGCGAGUCAACAUCCGCAUGUUUGGCAUGGAGAUCUCUCUGCUGAAGAAAAGGCGGUUGAUGAUCAACAAGAUGAGACACUACACACCCCUCACUGUGGAAGGCCGGUUUGAGGUGGUGAAAAACUCACGCGCCAUCACCUUCAUCAGCAAGUGUGGAGUGGAGGUCACCUUCAGGGACGACCACAUGGUACAGGUGUCUGCUCCCAACAGUUUCGCUGGCAAAAUGACUGGCAUCUGCGGCACCUGCAACGGAAAUGCCCGGGAUGACUACAGGCUGGCAGACGGUACUGACGUCACCAAGGCCAACCAGAGAGACAGUCGUAUUGGACAGAGUUACGUCGCCAAUAUGCUCAGACCUGACUUGCCUAAAAGGUGCAAGAGCAAAGUCCUGCCCCCACCCCCCAAAUGCUCCAAGGCUAACAGGAAGAAGGCAGAAGCGGCGUGUGGCAUCAUGGUCCAAAGGGGUGGACCCUUCGGGGCGUGUCUCAAAGCAAGGGGAGAGCAAGCCCGGGAACUCUACGACAGCUGUGUGCAGGACUUCUGUGCCUUCGUCGCCGAUCCCAAAGAGCCCCCUCCUGCCCCGCCAACUCCCACUACUCGGACAUCGUCCCCGCCUGCCCGCCCUCCUGUGCCCGGCCUGACCCCUCUGGCCCCUGCAGCACCGACACCCAGGAAGGCUGUCUCUGUGACGAGGGGUUCCUGCUCAAUGAUGACCAGUGCGUGCCGGCUGACCAGUGCGGCUGUGUGGACCCCAAAACUGGAAACUAUUACCCCGUGAACUGGAACGACGUUCCUGUCACGUGA